CGCCUUGUCUCGCCAUACCACGCAAGGGUCCAGCUACCCUGCCACUGAUUGAGACUUGAAAGGACAGACAGGCUUGGCUGACUGGCGCCCUGCACAUACACUUUUUGCUCAUGCGACGGCCCGCUUCGUCCUUCCAUCCUCUAGCCUUUUUUGCCCAUCCAUCCAUUCUCUGUUCCCUCCUCGCCCCCUCUCCUGGGAUCGACCAGCUACCUCGUUUUUUUUGACUUUUGGACCGUGGCUUAGACUUCCUUACCCAGGGCACCCCUUUCACUCAUUCACUGUCUGCUCUUCGUCAUCCGCUCCUUUGGGCUCCUUUGGGCUAUUCUGUUCUUUUCCACUUGGAUCAUUUCUUCUCAACCCAUCUCUUUCUUUCUUCUCACCACUGCGCAAACUGCGACGACUUCGACGACGACGACAACAACAACGAAAUCGACGACGACGACGACGACGACGAUACGCAGCCCAAGCUAUCGCUACAAGCCGUUCAUCACCCACACCUCGUAUCUUUCUCGCCCAACGACAAACCCUAACCGAUUGAUCGACUGGCUGACGACGUUAUCCUUCCCAACCGCUCGAGUCCGCCGCUGCGUCCGGCACCCUCUUCUCGCUACACACGGCGCGUGCUAUCAUGGGAUUGAAGCAAAGACGGUAUGCCGUUUGUUUAAAUCCUUUAGUUGCCGCCAACAUGUUGUCCCGCCGCGCCCUUACUGUUCUCGCCCUCGUCUCCGUUACUGCCGUCAUUUUCCUCAUCUCCUCGAGGAGACUCGGCGGUGACUGGGCCAUCGAGGGCCCCAACUACCACCCUUUCAAAGCCCACGGCCCGCCCCCUCCUCCGGGGAGCUCUCCCAGCGCCAGCCCUGCUGGCAGCGGGCGCCCUCAUCCGCCGCCGCCGACAAGCCACCAAGAUGAUGGCCUCGCCCAGCACAACGUGUCGAACCAAGACAUCCCCUAUCGUCCCCACGACCCCGUCUGCGACACCUUCCCCGACACGAGCAACAUCCUCGUCAUCAUGAAGACGGGCGCCACCGAAUCCUUCGACAAGGUGCCCACCCAGCUCAUGACUAUGCUCAAGUGCCUGCCCGAGUACUUCAUCUUCUCCGACCUCGACCAGACCAUCGCAAACUACCACAUCCGCGACAGCCUUGACGCCGUUCUUCCCGAGGCCAUGGAAGGAAACAAGGACUUUGACCUCUAUCUUCGCCAAAAGGCCUGCCAGGCCGAUCAGCAGAGCUGCAACAAGCUGGCCGAGAGCAAGGAUGAGGGCUGGAAUCUCGACAAGUACAAGAACGUCCACAUCGCCGAGAAGACAUACCGCAUGCGUCCCAACUAUGACUGGUACAUCUACAUUGAUGCCGAUACCUACGUUCUCUGGCCUACCCUCGUCCAGUGGCUCAAGAAUCUUAACCCCAAGAACAAGCACUACCUCGGCAGUGUCACCAUGAUCCGCAACUUCGUUUUCGGUCACGGCGGCAGUGGCUACAUCGUCUCGCAGGCCGCCAUGCAUGACAUGAUUGCCAAUCACCAGAACGUCGGCAACCAGUGGGACGUCCGCGCGAGCAAGGAGUGCUGUGGAGAUUAUAUCUUUGCGCUGGCCAUGAAGGACAACGCUGACGUAAACGUUCACAAUGUGUGGCCGACAAUCAACGGCGAGAAACCCUUUACCCUUCCCUACGGCCCAACGCACUGGUGUCAUCCCAUCGUCACGAUGCAUCACAUGAAUGCUGAAGAGAUCUCGACAUUCUGGGAAUACGAGCACAAGCGCUACGCCGACCCGAAUCUGCCACAGCCGCCUCCCGUCAUGCGCAUCAAGGACAUCUACAACGAGUUCUUCAAGCCGCGCAUGCAACCCGAACGCGCCGACUGGGACAACCUUGCCGACGACCGAUUCUAUCUUGACGAAUCUGCCAAUAAGCACGAGGACUGGCAACUUGGCCGCGCCAAGACAGAAGACCUCACCGCCGAGGAGAAGGUCGCCCACCUCUCCUUCGGCCAAUGUCGCACGGCUUGCGAGGCUGACAGUGGCUGCUUCUCAUUCCAGUACAAGGACGGCCUCUGUAGCUUCGCUUGGUCGUGGAAACUUGGUCAUCCUGUCAGGCGCCCAUCCAAGGAUGAGAAGCGCGUCAUGUCAGGCUGGGCCGUCAAAAAGAUCAACGCCUGGAUCGAGAAGCAGGGCGAGUGCGGCCCCGUUAAGUGGCCCGAUGUUUGAGGAGCUCGCGUGACUCUUCGACAUCAUCACAAGGUACCAUUUUGAACAAACGAGCGAGCCAAUGUGAGAGACAUCCGGCUUGGAACGAAGAGCGCUGCCGCCGAGAGGCUUGCUGCAGGUACGACUGCCAUCCAACGCUUGAGACGUGACACAUGUUACAUGUAGGGCUGCAUCUCAUGUCUUGGUCCGCCAAGCGCUUGGACUUGAGAGUAUUGGACACAUGGAAGGGGGGCCUUGCUUGGCCUUCGCAUUGGAUUUUCAUUGGCUUUUGAAAUCGGAAAACAUUCUGAAUCCUCCCAUCAAAAGCGAGAUUGCCGGGCAUCAUACCGGACCGGCAUGUAUCGAACCACACGCAUCUGUAUAUAUUUUUUCCACUAUGUGUUUAUGUGUGUACUACCUUACGAAACAGGUGAGGCAAGAUGUUUGGAGGCUGGCGUUAACAUUGGAAAGACGUUCUCGGCCUUGAUCUGGAUAUCGUUUGCUUGGCUGGUGGGAUUGAGAGGUCGGCUUCUAGUGCGUUUACGCGAUAGACAGGUCCAUUGACUUAGUAUCCCUUUUUUUUUUUUUUU